GUGAUUUUAAAGUCCAUAUAAACUUUUUUCGGGUUUUUAGACGAGUUGAGAUAAGAUAAAAGGAAUAAGUUUUUUACGAAUAAUUCUAAAAAUAAUUUGUAAUAAAACAUUGUAGUCAUUGGAAUAGUUGCAAAUUACAUUUAUAAACGAAAUCAUUUUCAGAUACGGACUUGAGAAAAAUAUAGAUUAAUUGAUUUUCUCUUUUAUCAAGGGAGCUGAUAAACUUUAAGCUCAUAUAUACUUACUGCUUGUUUUGAAGACGUCACUUUGAGAAAAAUUUUUCAUGAAAGAGUAGUUACUUUUAAUCACGAUGUGCCGUCGACUCAAAGUUUUGCUUUUCAUGACAAGUUUCUUUACCUUUGUCACUUAUCCAACUGUAGCAAUAAAUAGUAAUCACUACGAAGAAACUUUUUUCAAUCAAGAUGUCGUGAAUGCGCUGAAAUUGUUAAGUCCUAGAGAAUUAGUACGUAAUCACAAUUUUAACGCCGCUUUGACAAGGGACGAAAUAAAAUCUAAUAGAACACUAUGUUUAGAAGAAUUAAUUAUUAUGGACGAAUCUCUCGUGGAAGGGAAAAUGUGGGCUUUGCAAAUGAUCGACGCUUCAUCGAAAUUGCCGUCAGGUAUAUUGCAAGGUAAUUUUGUCGAUUUGGGUAUGUUUGACGAGUGUAUAUCUGUCUACGAUAACUCAUCUGAAUUUGAGAUUCGGGGCCGACAUUGUAUGUAUUCCUUUGGAAUAACUUUGGGAAACUUUACACUCCCGAUAAAUCCUUCUUUAUCAAUUUGCGUACCAUCCCAAUGUAAUGCGGAUGAUAUUGCUUACCUCUUUAAUAAUACUCUUCAGACAAUUAGCCCGUCAAAUCAUUCGAUGAUUUCCUUAGCUACAACAAGCUGUUCCAUAAUCGAUAACACAAUUUGGGAUACAGAAUUUAUCGUUUGUCUCUCUUUACUUGUCCUUUUUGUUAAUUUCUUGAUUGCAUGCAGUGUCUGUGAUUAUAUUUUUAGUAUUCGUGACUCUAAUCAACAACGUCAUCUCGCUAAAAGAAUUAUAAGUAGUUUUUCAUUACAAAGAAACGCAGCGUCUAUAUUGAGUAUAAAACAAAAUGAAGGAAGUCUCCCAGCGAUUCAUGGCAUUCGAUUUUUGAGUAUAGCAUGGAUUGUUUUGGGUCACGAAUUUGUCCUUCAGGCCAUGAGCGUUAAUAUUAAUGAAUUAGAUAUUUUUGAAUUUAUCCAAUCUUGGAAAUCGUUAUAUUUAUUUAUGGGGCCGUUUGCUGUAGAUACAUUUUUUGUAUUGAGUGGAUUUUUGAUGACUUAUAUGUUUUUAAAAAGUAUUGAAAAACAAAAAUUUUUCAAUAUUCCAAUGUAUUACUUACAUCGAUUUUUUAGAUUAACGCCGGCAGUCGUUGCACUUUUAGCCAUUUCAAUCGUUUUUAUCCCAAAAUUUACGUCAAGUGCUCGAUGGGAUUCAUUGAUAGGACUUAUCGUUGGUAAUUGUCGAAAGAAUUGGUGGCCAACAAUCAUAUACGUUCAAAAUUUCGUUAAUGUGAAUGAUAUGUGUCUACCACAUUUAUGGUAUUUAGCUGUAGACAUGCAAUUAUUUUGGAUAUCACCAAUAAUACUUUACCCACUAUACAAAAAGCCAAAAAUAGGUUUGUUGAUACUAUCAGGCUUCAUAGUAGCUUCAAUUAUCACACCAGCAGUAAUCGUCAGUGUUAAUGAUUAUCAUCCAUUAUCAUUUGGGAAAGAAACAAAUAUAACAGGAAUAAUGGAAAUGUUUAAGCAUGUCUAUAUAGUUCCAUACACUAGAGCAUCACCUUGGCUUAUUGGUAUAUUAGCAGGAUAUUGUUUGAAAAAUAAUAUGAAAAUAGUAAAAAAAUCUUACGUAGCGAUUGGAUGGAUUCUAGCUGUUGUGGCUUUCGUGUUUGUGACUUAUGGAACCAGAACAUUCACUGAUCCAGAAUAUGUUUAUAAUCCAAUUUGGGAAACUACUUUCAAUGCAUUAUCGAAGCCUAUCUGGGCGUUAGCAGUUUGCUGGGUUAUUUAUACUUGCGUCAAUAAUCAAGCAGGACCAGUGUCACAUUUCUUAUCUUGGAAAUAUUUUAUGCCUCUGAGUAGGAUUUCGUACUGUCUUUACCUUGUACACUUUGUACUUGAGGCAAUUGAAACAUUUGCCGAACGCACUCCAGCAUAUUUUUCACAAAUAAACAUAUGGCAUUAUUACUUGAGUGAUUUAAUAAUAUGUACCGUGAUUGCAUUUAUAUUUAGUUUGAUGUUUGAGUCACCGAUAGUAGUUUUAGAAAAAAUUUUACUUCAGCCAAAAUCUACAUAUGAAUCACAUAAAGAUACGGUAAACGGCGAGGAAGAUGAAGCUUAAUUUUUUAAAUAAUUUCAAAGUAAUUUUGUCGGUAAGAAGCAGAAUGUUUAAUCUCGUGAAAUUAUUUUUGAUCUACAAAAAUAUCAAAUUUAUUGUCAAUAGAUUCUGUGAUAUAGUUUUGAUUUUUUUAAUAAAAUUUAUUCAAUCGA